AUGAGAGCACUCAAAGGCACAGUCCUUUUCUACCUGUGUGCAGCUUUAGCCCUGAGCAUCAUCCUGGAAUCCUCAGCCAAAUGGCCCGGUCUUGAUACCACCAACUGGCAUGUGCACGUCGUUAACGGUCUCGGCGGACAGAGACAACUGGUCGUCCACUGCUGGUCCGACCUUGACGAUCUUGGCUUCCAUACUCUUAACCCUGGUGGAGACUUCAACUGGCAUUUCCAUGUCAACUUGCCCGGGACAACGAAAUUCACUUGUGACUGGCGUGCAGGAAAUCAACACGCUUUGUAUCCUGUGUUUUGGAGGGAGGCUAGACAUAUGUGGCUUCGGACUCAUUGCGACUGGAAAGCGUGCUUUUGGAUUGCGAAAGACGAUGGGAUUUACCUCAAGAACGUUCCGGCGGGUCGUGACGAGCUUAUUCAUCCAUGGGAAACAUGA